AUGUCACGUACUUCACACAUUCGAAGGGUCUUGGAACAACCUACGUUCAAUAAAGUGACACAAUGCCGGAUUUUACUGGUUGGCGCUGGAGGAAUAGGCUGUGAGUUGUUAAAGAAUCUAGUACUCUCAGGCUUCAGGCAUAUUGAGCUGAUUGCCCGUGAUUCUGCAUUAAAAUUUAAUCCUGACGUUGAAAUUAUUGCACACCAUGCAAAUAUCAAAGAUGCUCAAUUCAACGUUGAAUGGUUUCAAAGAUUUGAUAUUGUGAUGAAUGCGUUAGAUAAUCUUGAGGCAAGAAGACAUGUAAAUUUUAUGUGUCUGGCUGCAAAUAUACCGCUUAUUGAAUCAGGAACUGAAGGAUAUUUAGGACAGGUCACUGUAAUAAAAAAGGAUUUGACCGAAUGCUAUGAUUGUCAAUCAAAACCAACCAGAAAGACUUACGCAGUUUGCACGAUUCGAAGCACGCCGAGUAGCCCCAUUCAUUGUAUCGUUUGGGCUAAAAAUUAUCUUUUUAAUCAAUUAUUUGGCGAGCCAGAAGAUGAACCUUUGGAUAAUGAGAUGAAUAAUGAUAAUGCCGAAGAAAUUCAAAUUCUCAAGAGAGAGACUGAGCUGCUGAAAGAGAUUAAAUUGACGAUGGGAUCUCAAGAAUACGCUGAAAAAGUUUUUAAAAAAGUAUUUACAGAUGACAUUGAACGUCUUCUGACAAUGGAAGACGUGUGGAAAAAACGAAGGCCUCCAGUGCCUUUAACAUAUAAUGAUAUAAAUAAACUCUCAUCAAAUGGAAAGAAUGGCAGGGAUUACAAUAAUGACAUGAACACGCUCAAAGACCAGCGGAUAUGGACUCUUGAGGAAAAUUUUAAUGUAUUUGUAGAUAGCAUUAAUCGCCUAAGUAGGAGAUUACUCGAAGAACAAAAAGUUAACCCGGAAGCCGUGCUUGCAUUUGAUAAAGAUGAUGAUGAUGUCUUGGAUUUUGUAACAGCAACAGCUAAUUUGAGAGCCAAAAUAUUCGGAAUAGAACAAAAGUCAAGAUUUCAAGUUAAAGCUAUGGCGGGCAAUAUAAUACCAGCGAUCGCAACGACAAAUGCUACAAUCGCCGGGAUUAUUGUUGUGCAAGCUUUUAACAUAUUAAGAAAUCGCUUGGAAGACUGUAAAACGACAUAUUUGGAUGGAUCUAGACGUCCUUGUCUGCUCAUCAACGAGUCCUUAAACGGGCCAAAUCCAUCUUGUUCGCAAUGUAGAGUUAAUUAUUACAUAUUACGAAUAAACACGAAAAAGGCAACUCUUAAAGAUUUCUUGGAGAAGAUUCUAAAUAGUAAUCACGAACAAGGAUUAGCUUAUGGGAAUGAAGUAACAGUGGAGAAAGGAGCUAGCAUCAUAUACGAUAUGGAUUUUGAUGAAAAGCUUGAUUCCACCUUUGAACAAUUGGACAUCACAAAUGGAGUUUUUAUUAAAGUGACGCCUGAUGAUGAUUCGAAUCAAUUUCCUGCUGUUUUUAACAUUUUUCAUAGGGAAACCUUUGAUUCACAAGAUUCGUGGUAUACAAUUGAAGGAAGUAUUUCUGAGACUCACGUAUCUCAUAUCAAGACAAAUAGCCAAAACACAGUGACUGAAUCUAUACCAACUCAUAAAAGAAAGAUCGAGACAACUGACAUGGAGCUUGAUGAACAGCCAUCUACAUCAUAUAAAAAGAUGGAACUUGAUCCGGAAUAUAUUGUAGUGGAAGACGACAUAAUAAUGACAGAAGAUGGGCCCAAAAGUGUUAUAACUCUUGAUUAA